AGAUCGGCCAACUAGUAUAUAAAACGCCCGUAUAUCCCAUCUUCACAGCCAGCAAGAUCUCCGCAUACACAUACAUAUACACAAGCUCAAAUGGAUUCUCUCCUCAAUUCAUUCACCCACCAACCAGUAACCAUGUCCUUCUUCUUCAUUGUCCCGUUACUCUUAGUCUUAGGUCUCAUUUCCCGUCUUCGCCGGAAGCAUCCAUUCCCGCCGGGACCCAAAGGGUUACCUCUCAUCGGCAACAUGAUGAUGAUGGACCAGUUGACUCACCGUGGUCUCGCCAAACUCGCUAAACGGUACGGUGGUCUCUUCGGCUUAAGAAUGGGCUUCUUGAACAUGGUGGCGGUUUCCUCGCCGGAGGUGGCUCGCCAAGUUCUCCAAGCUCAGGACAGUAUCUUCUCCAACCGCCCGGCCACCAUAGCCAUAAGCUAUCUCACUUAUGACAGAGCUGAUAUGGCGUUUGCCCACUACGGUCCCUUUUGGCGGCAGAUGCGUAAGAUUUGUGUCAUGAAGGUUUUCAGCCGCAAGAGGGCGGAGUCGUGGGCGUCGGUGCGGGAGGAAGUUGAUAAGAUGGUCAGGACCGUGGUUGCCAACACCGGCAAGACCGUUAACGUCGGCGAGCUCAUCUUUUCCUUGACCCGGAACAUUAUUUACAGAGCGGCAUUCGGAGCCUGCUCUGAAGACGGACAAGACGAGUUCAUCAAGAUCAUGCAGGAGUUCUCCAAGCUUUUCGGCGCGUUUAACAUUGCAGAUUUUGUUCCAUAUCUCGGGUGGGUAGACCCACAGGGCCUCAAUAUCCGACUCGUGAAGGCCCGUCAGUCACUCGACGGAUUCAUCGACUCCGUCAUAGACGAACAUAUCCAGAAAAAGAAGAACGGCAGCAACCUCUCCGACGACGACGCUGACACUGACAUGGUCGACGAGUUACUCGCCUUUUACAGCGAGGAGGCUAAAGUCAACCAAUCAGACGAUCUUCCAAACGCCAUCAGAUUCACCCGGGACAAUAUCAAAGCCAUCAUCAUGGACGUAAUGUUUGGCGGGACAGAGACAGUGGCAUCAGCCAUAGAGUGGGCAUUGUCGGAGUUGAUGCGGUGCCCGGAAGAGCUGAAACGGGUACAGCAAGAGCUUGCGGACGUAGUGGGUCUUGAUCGGCGCGUGGAGGAGAAAGACAUGGAGAAGCUCACUUACCUCAAGUGUGUCAUUAAGGAGACACUACGGCUCCACCCGCCAAUCCCUCUACUCCUCCACGAAACCGCCGAGGAUGCCGAGAUCGGCGGCUACGUCAUCCCCAAAAAGUCGCGUGUGAUGAUCAACGCAUGGGCAAUUAACAGAGACGCCAAGUCCUGGGAAAAUCCCGACUCAUUUAAACCUUCAAGGUUCCUGAACCAGGGAAUGCCCGACUUCAAAGGCAGCAACUUCGAAUUCAUUCCGUUCGGGUCGGGCCGGAGGUCGUGCCCGGGAAUGCAGCUCGGACUCUACGCAUUGGAGCUUGGCGUGGCGCAUUUACUCCACUGCUUCACCUGGUCCUUGGCCGACGGAAUGAAACCGAGCGAACUCGACAUGAACGAUGUGUUCGGACUCACCGCGCCCAGGGCUACUCGACUCAUGGCCGUACCGAGUUCCCGCCUGAUUUGUCCUUUGCACUGAGAACGGGAUAAGGGAAGAUGAGGUUGAGAGAACGGGACGGUUUCGAUUUGAACAUGCGGCAGGGUGACAUGUGAUAUAGGUGAGUCGCCCUGGAGAAAGUGAAAAAAUAACUGGACAUAGAAAAAUCGUAAAAACUGAUGGCAGAAGCGGAAGAUCCGAGCCGUUGAUAAAAGUUGAUCAUUUGUAUUAUUUUGCAUAAUCUGGAGAUUAAACUUACUCUAUGAUUUUUUUUUUUAAAUUUUUUAUCCUUAAAAGUAUCUGUAAUAAUUAAUAAUAUUUUGUUUGGAAAUCAAAUUUUCAUUAGUGGAAAAUAGAAA